GACAGGGCUGCCGCUCCAAGGAGCUGACUGCGCCUGUGACUCGGAGCUUGGCGUCCCGUUUGCAUCGGCGCUGCCCUCGCUGCCUUUUGGAGCCCUUGCUGGGACGGCCUAGUUUGAGCGACAGGAGGCAAACAUGGCCCAAGUGCCCGCUGAUCCGAGUAGUGCGGAAACUGCUGACCCAGAGGAGAGUUCUCCAAAUAUGAUAGUCUACAGAAAGAUUGAAGACAUCAUUACAAGAAUGCAGGAUGACAAAACAGGUGGAGUUCCCAUCCGCACUGUCAAGAGCUUUCUGUCCAAAAUCCCCAGUGUCGUCACUGGUUCUGAUAUUGUGCAGUGGCUUAUGAGGAACCUCAGCAUUGAGGAUACAGGAGAAGCAAUACACUUGGGAAGUCUCAUUGCUGCACAAGGUUAUGUCUUUCCAAUCUCAGACCAUGUCCUUACCCUGAAAGAUGAUGGGACAUUCUAUCGUUUUCAGGCACCAUACUUUUGGCCCUCAAAUUGCUGGGAACCAGAAAACACAGAUUAUGCCAUCUAUCUUUGCAAACGGACCAUGCAGAACAAAGCUAGGCUGGAGCUGGCGGAUUAUGAAGCCGAAAACUUAGCAAGACUUCAGAGAGCGUUUGCAAGAAAGUGGGAAUUCAUCUUCAUGCAAGCAGAGGCCCAAGUGAAAAUCGACAGGAAAAAGGAUAAAACAGAAAGAAAGAUUUUGGACAGCCAGGAAAGAGCAUUCUGGGAUGUGCACAGGCCUGUGCCAGGUUGUGUGAACACCACAGAAAUGGACAUUAGAAAAUGUCGCCGUAUGAAAAAUCCACAAAAAGUGAAAAAGUCGGUAUAUGGGGUUACAGAGGAGUCUCAGCCCCAAAGCCCUGUACACAUGCCAUCCCAGCCGGUACGCAAAACUACAAAGGAGGACUUCCGGAAGCAAAUAACUUUUCUGAACAUGCAGAUAGAGAGACACUGUUUAAAGAUGUCCAAAGUAGCAGAAAGUUUAAUAGCCUACACAGAGCAAUAUGUGGAAUAUGACCCUUUUAUAACUCCUGCUGAGCCUUCCAAUCCCUGGAUAAGUGAUGAUGUAGCAUUGUGGGACAUUGAAAUGAGCAAAGAACCUAGUCAGCAGCGUGUGAAAAGAUGGGGUUUCUCCAUGGAUGAGGUGCUGAAGGAUCCAGUAGGACGAGACCAGUUCCUUCGUUUCCUGGAAUCAGAAUUCAGCUCAGAAAACCUGAGGUUUUGGUUGGCUGUGCAAGAUCUCAAGAAACAACCUCUACAGGAUGUAACCACCAGAGUGGAAGAAAUCUGGCAAGAGUUUCUAGCUCCUGGGGCCCAAAGUGCUAUCAACCUGGAUUCCCACAGCUAUGAGAAAACAAGCCAAAAUGUCAAAGACCCAGGGAGAUAUACAUAUGAAGAUGCACAGGAGCACAUUUACAAGCUGAUGAAGAGUGACAGCUAUGCGCGCUUCCUCCGUUCCAGUGCUUACCAGGACUUACUGCUGGCGAAGAAGAAGACAGAGAAUGAGCAAGGUCGUAGAACUUCUCUAGAAAAGUUCACUCGCAGUGUGGGAAAGUCUCUGGCGAGCAAGCGCCUCACGGGCCUGAUGCAGUCCUCCUGACAUCUUCUUCAGCCAACCGCCCCGUGGGAGAGACAUCUGGGACCGCUGCUGGGGACGGGGCAUUUCAGGGAGAGCAGUCCCCUGCAGGGGAGAGAGCCUGAGUGACUGGAAGUGGAGAACCACAUGCCAGGGGAGCACCUCUCUUCAUAGUUUACACCUACACUUUCCUGCCUGCACAGCUCCGUAAGGACCCCGAGCUCUGUCCAGGUACUUUGUUUCCAACCGAGGUUUGGAGGAGCACACUUCACUAUACACAGGAGGUCGACAAGGCAAGGGCUUGUUGUCUCAUUAUUUAAGGAAACAGACCCAACCACAACUAGGAGAAAGAAGAGCUGAGAGAUAUCAGUAUUUUUAUGCAUCUCCUCUCUCCCUGGCACAAACAUGACUGUAAUAGAUGGCUCCACAAUCUCACUUGCUCCCUUUCUUGUGGCCGUCUGGAUCCAAUAAAAUAUCUGCUGGAA